AUGAUUAACAAAUCAAUUAUGCUUCUGAGCCUGGUGGUUCUUCAUAGCACAUUUAUAAAUGGAAAAACAACAUGUAAAUGGCAAUUUGUGGAAGAAUGGCAUACACAACCAUUAUCAUAUAUGGUGAAUUGGACACUAACAGAAAACAUCUGCAUGGACUUCUAUGGAGAUUGCUGGUUUGGGGAUGUAAAUACUAAAAUGAACACUUCAGGCAAUCAAGUUGUUCCCCAGAUUUGCCCUUUGCAAAUUCAAUUGGGAGACAUCCUUAUAAUUUCUUCUGAACCAUCUCUUGAAUCUCCAGAAAUAAAUUUGAUGAAUGUUUCUGAAGCAUCAUUCAUUGACUGUCUGCAAAACACCACAACUGAAGAUCAGUUACUUUUUGGUUGCAAACUAAAAGGAAUGCACACUGUUAAUUCUCAGUGGCUGAGUGCUGGAACACAUUAUUUUAUCACAGUAACAGCAAGUGGUCCAUCGUUUUGUCACCUGGGGCUACGGCUAAAUGUGACAGUGAAAGAACAGUUCUGCCAGGAAUCUCUGAGUUCAGAAUUUUGUUCUGGGCAUGGUAAAUGUCUUACUGAGGUUUGGAGCAAGACAUACAGCUGCCAUUGUCAGCCUCCAUUUUCUGGAAAAUAUUGCCAAGAACUUGAUCCAUGUUCUUAUAAACCAUGUGAAAAUAAUGGCAGUUGCAUUAAUAAAAGAGGAAAAUUGAAUAAGCAAGGUUAUGAAUGUAUCUGUCACCCACCAUUUACAGGCAUACAUUGUUCAGAAAUUAUUGGCCAAUGUCAACCACGUAUCUGUUUCCAUGGGAAUUGUGGCAAUAUUACUGCAAGUAGUUUCAUCUGUGAAUGUGAUGAACCAUUUUCAGGUCCAUACUGUGAGAAGUCAAUGAAAUGUUAUAUUUCUCAGUCUUGUUGGAAAGGAGAAAUUUGCCAAAACAAAAGCUCUGCUUACAUUUGUGAAUACCCAGAAGGAUUUUUCAAUCAAAACCAUGAAACUGAUGUCCGUGAGUGUCCCUCAGUACCAUGUCAGAAUGGUACUAACUGUGUUCAUGUUGCAAAUGACACCAUGUACAUCUGUUCACCAAUAUUUACAGGCAAGCUUUGUAAGAAACAACUUCAAACACCACAGGAGUCAUUUCCUUGCAAGGAUAAUACCACAUGUACAAAAUUUGAGAAAGAUUAUCAUUGCAGUUGUUUGCUAGGAUUUACUGGAAAAAACUGUGAGAAAGUAAUUGACCACUGUAGACGGCUCAGCAUCAACUGUCUGAAUGAAGGAUGGCAUUUCAAUAUAAGUGGAAGAUUCAGAUAUGUAUGUACUUCAGAGUGCACAAGAUACUCAUGUUGGUUUGUGAAGAAUGUUUGCUUAAUUCAUCUAUACCCCUGCUACUGUGGAAGUAUCAGCCAUGAUAUUUGCCAAGACAAAGUCCUUCAUCCUCCUCAGUCUAAAUAUGUGUGGCAAGUGAGAUUUAAAGGAUCUGAAGAUGAAAAAUGUGAAGUGGCUGUUGAUGUCUACUUCUUUCUCUCUGCGAACUGGACUGAAGAUGCUGUCUAUGUGAACACAUCUGAAGAUCUCUAUUAUGUAUUUUGGUUUCUAUGUCAAGGAAGAAUGGAGAUGCAUGCAAAUGAAUGCAAUUGUUUGACUGAAGAAGGCAAUAAGGGAUAUUGGUGUCUAUGUAUUCCAAGAUGGCCUGGAAAAACGUCUCUGGAAAAUACAACUGAUUAUCAAGAAAGUGGGUGUCAACAUGAAGCUAUUUAUAAAGAUGAAAUUAAUAGAUCCAGAUGCAGCUGUUCUCUUGGUUACAUGGACCCAUUAUGUAUCCUCAAUGCUGAGGAUUGCUUAGGAAACCAGAGUACAUCAGUGCAUGGCCUCUGCUUGGUCCAUUUGCACAAGUGCAACGGUGGUCUGCAAAGACAUGGAAGAAAUGUCUGUGAAAUAGAAACCAAAGAUUGUAAAUCUGUGCCCUGCAAAAAUGGAGCAGCCAGUAUACAUUUAAGUGGCUAUUUCUUCUGCAAUUGUGUCCCAGGAUCUACAGGCAAUCAAUGUGAAAUAGAUGCAGAUAUGAGUGCUUCAUAUCUGUGCAAGAAGGGAAUCACCUGCAUUGACCAACCUGAUAAUUACUUUGGCCAGUGUGUGGCUCCAUUUAAAGUGGUUAAUGGCUUCUCCUGCUUAUGCAAACCGGGUUUUGCUGGCCUGAGAUGUGAACAGGACACUGAUGACUGCAUCUUGAAUGCCUGUGAGCACAAUUCUACCUUCAAAGAUCUGCAUCUCAGUUACCAGUGUGUGUGCUUAGCUGGUUGGGAAGGAAGUUUUUGUGAACAAGAAUCCAAUGACUGCAAAAUGAAUCCUUGUAAGAAUAAUUCCACCUGUACUGACCUUUACAAUAGCUAUCGCUGUGAGUGUACACCUGGAUGGACUGGACAAAACUGUAGUGAAGAAAUAAAUGAAUGUGACUCUGACCCAUGCAUGAAUGGAGCUCUUUGUCAUGAGUCUUCCAUUCCUGGGCACUUUGUAUGCCUGUGCCCACCCUUUUAUACUGGAAAAUUUUGCCAUCAACACUAUAACCCCUGUGAUCCACUCAGUGACCCUUGCAGAAACAACUCAACGUGCUUGACUUUGGUUGAUGGAAAUCAUUAUUGUGUGUGUAGAGAAGGAUUUGAGGGUGAACAUUGUGAAAUUAAUGUGAAUGAGUGCUUCUCUCUUCCCUGCCAGAAUUAUGGUGACUGCGAAGAUGGAGUCAACAAUUUCAGAUGUAUUUGCAGACCUGGGUUUUCUGGACCUCUAUGUGAUCUUGAUACAAAUGAGUGUUCUUCUAGACCUUGCAAAAAUAAUGGAACCUGCGUGGAUCUGUCAAACAGAAUUAUGUGCAUUUGUGAGCCAGGUUACCAUGGAUCUCUCUGUGAAUUGGAUAUGAAUGAAUGUGAAAUCUCACCUUGUCUAGAUGGAGAAGAUUGUGUCAGCAGAACUGGUGGAUACAACUGCCUCUGUGCUCCUGGUUAUACAGGCAUCAAUUGUAAUGAAGUAAAUAUAGAUGAAGGUCUAUCAAAGCCCUGUCUCCAUUAUGGAGCUGGCAUUGAUGGCAUCUAUCAUUGUACCUGUGACUGCAAGAGUAGCUUUUCUGGAACACACUGUGAAGCAAAUGCAAAUGAUUGCCUCUCAAAUCCUUGUCUACAUGGAAGAUGCAUAGAUCUCAUUAUUGAAUAUCAAUGUUCAUGUGUUACAGAAUGGACUAGCUCAAGAUGUGAGAUCAAGAUUAAUAACUGUACAUCAACCCCUUCUAUAAAUGAAGACUUCUGUCAGAAAUCAGUCGAUGACUUUACUUGCAUUUGCCCGAGUGGAUACAUUCAUGCAUAUUGUGAAAUACAUAUUGAUGGUUGUGCUGAGCCUGAACUGAAUUUGGUCCUCUGUCUUAAUGGAAGUAUUUGUGUUGAUGGACCUGGACACAUGUUUUACUGCAGAUGUCUUCCUGGAUUUUCUGGAAAAUUUUGUAAAAUUAAUAUAAAUGAAUGUUCUUCAUCACCGUGUCUAAAUGGUGCAAACUGUGGAGAUCACAUCAAUGGAUAUAUUUGCAAACGUCAACAAGGGUGGUCAGGACAUCACUGUGAUAAUGGACUUGAGGAGUGCAUUUCCAAAUUGUGUGUGCAUGGAAUACGCAUAGAAAAUGAACCUGACUUUGGCUCAGAAUGUUUAUGCAUAUCUGGAUUUGUGGCCUGCUCCACUGGGCUUUUUUGUGGUGCUGAAAUAAGCAGAAUUACCUGUUUACCUCUUGUCUCUCAAAGAAUGGAUGUCAUUUCUACACAAACAUAUACAGUAUCUGCUUAUGACACUUCAAUCAGUAGCUUUCCAUCAGCAAGGGCUACAAGACUGUGGACCAUCAUGAAUACUAACCCAGAUGAUCCAGGUCCAAAACAGACAGACAUUAUCAAGCAUGAUGUUCUCCCAACUACUAUUUUAGCAACAUUAAGCAUUGGCAUAUCUUUUGAAAGCUAUUUACUCAAAGAACUGAUUUCCACUAGAGAGCUUUCAGCAAAACGCAGUCUUCCUUCUUCCACAGAUGUUUCCUCUUCUCAAUUUCUGAAUUUUGGUGUUCAUGACUCAGCACAAAUUGUCUGGGGCAAAACGUCUGUAUCACAUAUGCCUAUCCAAACUUCAAUAUCCAAACAGCAGGAUACUUUUUCCCCCAGUAUGGAAGACAGGACCCCAUUUAUCAUUUCUUCUUUCAUGUCAGAUUUUAUUUUUCCUACAGAAUCUUUAUUUUUUGUGAACAAUGAGACUAUUGCCUUAACUACUACCACAGUGAGUUCAGUAAUUACUGGCAUUCCAGGAGCUGAUAUUAAGUUAAAGAGGCACUCAUUACUCUCCCAUGGAUUCCUGCUCACAACCACUUCUACAAGUGUACCUCCGGUUGUUUCUAUGGGGGCUCAAGAGGAUAUUGAAGAAUUUUCAGCUGUUUCCCUAAUUUCAAGAAGAGAGUACUAGAGAUUGCUGAGCUCCUCAAUGUCUCCCCUUUCUCCUGCUAAGAUAAUUAUAUCUAAACAGGUAGCCAUCUUAAACUCAUCAACUCUGCACCAAUUCACUACACAAGCCUCCAUUCCCAGUGAAUACCAGGUUAUUACUGAAGCAUCUAGCAACCAGAGACUCACAAACAUCAAAUCACAGGCUGCUGAUUCUUUAAGUGAAUUAAGCCAAACAUGUGCAACAUGUUCUAUGACUGAAAUAAAAUCCUCUCAUGAAUUCUCAGAUCAAGUUUUGCAUAGAAAACAGUCCCACUUUUAUGAGACGUUCUGGAUGAACUCAGCUAUAUCAGCCAGCUGGUAUGCACUAAUGGGAAUUCAGACUAUCACUUCUGGGCAUCCAUUGUCUUAUGCUACUGAAAUAACGCCAUCAGUGGCAUUCACAGAACUGUCAUCUUUAUUUCCUUCUAAAAAGAGUACAAAAAGAAGGAUUUUAUCCUCAUCCUUGGAAGAAUCCAUUACCCUAUCAAGUAAUUUGGAUGUUAAUUUAUGUUUAUUUAAGAGUUAUUUAUCCACUGUCCUACAAAGUGUCUCUUCAGCCUUGAUGAUUUCUGAUUUGACUUCAAAACUGACUACUGAUGAUCCUUCUGUAUCAGAGAACAUUUUAAAACUAUUGACAAUAGGACAACAUGGUAUAACCAUGGGCUCCACUGAGAUACUGAAUCAAGACAAUUUAUUGGGUAUGCGAGAGAGUAAAGGAUCUCAUAAUCAGUUCAAACUUCACACACAUGACAGUUCUCUAGAUUUUGAAUUAAAUUUACAAAAUCAUCCAAAAACUAUAUAUUCAGGUGACCUCAAAAACAACCUGCCACCUUAUAUAGACUCUGUGUCUGACUUUUCAGAGGUAACCUCUAAUAUCGCAUUUUAUGCAGUUUCAGGAACUCAGUCAUAUCCAAAACAGACCUGUUUUCCCUUGUCUGUUCUUGUGCCAGAUUGGACAUAUUAUACAGAUUAUCUGACCUUAACAUCUGAUUUAAAAGAAGAGCUUACAACUUCUUCAGAGUGGCCCAAAUGGGAACUUCAGCCUAGUGUGCGUGAUUGGGAAUCUUCUGCUGCAAGCCAGAGGCUUUCCAUCACUAGAUCGCUUACUUUGUCUUCACUGGAGUUCAUUCCAACACCUCUUCAGCUGACGAUUUCUGAUUUCAGAUGUAUUUGUUAUUAUGGAGAUUCCUAUCUAGAAUUUCGGGAUGUGUUGUUAAGUCCACAAAGUAAUGUAUCACUAGAAUUUCAUACCUUCAACUCCUAUGGACUCCUGCUGUAUAUCAAGCAAGACUCAAAUUCAGUUGAUAAGUUUUUUAUUCAAUUAUUUAUUGAAAAUGGUACUUUAAAGUACCACUUUUUCUGUGCUGGUGAAGCAAAAUUGAAAAGCAUUAACACUACCAUUAAAGUGGAUGAUGGACAAAAGUAUACACUGUUUAUCAGGCAAGAAUUUGAUCCAUGUAGAGCUGAACUGACUAUUUUAGGAAGGACUAUGAAAACAAGUGAAUCUAUCAAUCACAUAUCUGGAAAACCCUUGCCAGAAUCAGGAUCUGUCUUUAUUGGUGGUUUUCCAUAUCUUCGUGGAACAAACCAGAUUUCUGGGCCAUUGGAGAAUUUUACUGGCUGCAUAGAAGUUAUGGAAAUCAAUAACUGGGAAUCUUUCAUCCCAUCCAAGGCAGUGAAAAAAAUUCACAUUGAAAAUUGCAGAUCCCAGGAUUCCACUCUGUCUACAGUGUCUUCUGUUGCUCCUUCUAGUGCAACAGAAGGGGUUGACUCCACGUGGACCUCCCUCGGCACCCCUCCUGUAGCGCCACCCGUGUGCCAGGAGAACCUGUGUUACAAUGGAGGCACUUGUCAUCCUGUCUCCCUCUCCAGCGGUACCUUCUCAUUCCACUGUGACUGUCCGCUACAUUUUACUGGCCGUUUCUGUGAACAAGGUGCAGGUUUACUUUUUCCAUCUUUCAGUGGGAAUUCCUAUCUAGAAUUACCUUUUUUUAUAACCCUGGAUGAGUUCACAUGUGUUCCAGGGAAAGAACAUAACAGAACUGUUACCAUCUACUUGACUAUAAAAACAAACACUUUGAAUGGAACUAUUCUCUACAGUAGUGAGAAAAAUACCGGACAACAGUUUCUUCAUUUAUUUCUCAUGGAUGGAAGGCCCACAGUUAAAUAUGGAUGUGGAAGUUCUCACAAUAUCUUGACUCUUUCUGCUAAUUAUAGCAUUAACACAAAUGCAUUCAUCCCUAUCACAAUACGCUACACAAUCCCUGUGGGCAGCUCUCAGAGUGUGUGUAUGAUUGAAGUGACUGCAGAUGGAAAACCUCCAAUACUGAAGAAAGACACAGAGAUAUCCCAUGUGUCUCAGGUGCAUUUUGAAUCAAUGUACCUUGGCCAUAUCCCAGAAGAUGUUAAGAUCCAUAAGAAUGCAGGUCACAUUUAUGGGUUCAAUGGCUGCAUUCAAGAGCUUCAAGUAAACAACAAAGAAUUCUUCAUCAUUGAUGAAGCACUACGUGGAAAGAACAUCGAGAACUGCCAUGUCCCAUGGUGUGCUCGUCAUCUAUGCCACAACAAUGGCACCUGCAUCAGUGACAGUGAAAACUGGUUUUGUGAGUGUCCAAGGCUGUACUCAGGCAGGAUGUGCCAGUUUGCAACCUGUGAAAACAGUCCAUGUGGAAACGGUGCCACCUGUGUUCCUAAAUCCAGGAUAGAUUCCCUCUGCCUAUGCCCUUAUGGGAGGUCUGGGCUCCUCUGCACGGAAGCUGUUAAUAUUACUCAGCCCAGGUUCAGUGGCACAGAUGCCUUUGGAUACACUUCAUUCCUGGCUUAUUCACGGAUCCCAGACAUCGGCUUCGAUUAUGAAUUCCACUUGAAGUUUCAGCUGGCAAAUAAUCACUCAGCACUGCGAAAUAACUUAAUAUUUUUCACUGGACAGAAGGGCCAUGGGUUGGACAGCGAUGACUUCCUGGCCGUGGGUCUGCGUGAGGGCAGUGUGGUUUACACCUACAACCUGGGAGCGGGCACAGCGAGUAUCAGCAGUGAUCCCCUCGAUCUGAGCCUUGGCAUCCACACAGUCCGUCUGGGGAGGUUCUUCCAGAUGGGCUGGCUGAAGGUAGAUGAUCAUAAAAAUAAGUCCAUCGUCUCCCCAGGAAGACUGGUUGGUCUCAAUGUCGUCAGUCAGUUUUAUGUAGGUGGCUACAGUGAAUACAUACCAGAUCUCUUACCCCAUGGAGCCGAUUUUAAAAAUGGCUUUCAAGGUUGCAUUUUCACUAUUCAAGUUCGCACUGAGAAGAAUGGCCACUUCAGAAGCCUGGGAAAUCCUGAGGGCCACCCAGAUGCUGGGCGCAGCAUUAGCCAGUGUGACGUUUCUCCUUGCAGUUUAAUGAAAUGCAGCAAUGGUGGGACAUGUGUGGAGAGUGCAUCCACUGUCCACUGUGACUGCCUCCCUGGGUGGAAAGGAGAUCUCUGCACAGAGACAGUUUCCACCUGUGACCCUGAACAUGACCCUCCACACCACUGUAGCAAAGGAGCAACUUGUGUUUCAUUGCCUCAUGGGUAUACCUGUUCCUGUCCUCUGGGAACCACUGGAAUCCACUGUGAACAAGCUUUAUCUAUAAGUGAUCCAUCUUUCAGAAGCCAUGAAUUAUCCUGGAUGUCUUUUGCUUCCUUCCGUAUUCAGAAAAAGACACAUAUUCAGUUGCAGUUUCAGCCUCUUUCUGCAGAUGGCAUCUUAUUUUAUGUUGCGCAGCACUUAAAAGCACAAUCAGGUGAUUUUUUAUGUAUCUCCUUAGUAAAUGGUUCUGUUCAACUUCGCUACAACCUUGGUGACAGAACUAUCAUUCUAGAAACUCUCCAAAAAGUGACUACUAAUGGAAGUAUUUGGCAUGUGAUUAAAGCAGGAAGAGUUGGUGCGGAAGGCUACCUGGAUCUGGAUGGGAUAAAUGUAACAGAAAAAGCCAAUGCAAAAAUGAGCUCCCUGGACACAAAUACUGACUUCUAUGUUGGAGGAAUGCCAUCUUUAAAUCUUGUAAAUCCUAUGUCAAUAGCAAAUGAACCUGCAGGUUUUCAGGGCUGUGUCCGAGAAGUUAUUAUAAAUAAUCAAGAGUUAAAAUUAACUGAAUUAGGAGCAAAAAGUGGAGCAAAUGUAGGUGACUGUGAUGGGACCCCCUGUGGGUACAAGGUGUGCAGAAAUAGGGGUGAAUGUAUAGUAAAUGGCACAACUUUUUCUUGCAAAUGUUUGCCACAUUGGACUGGAAAUACAUGUAACCAGUCUGUGCACUGUUCAAAUAAUCUUUGUCUCCACCAAUCUCUAUGUAUACCCGACCAAUCAUUUUCUUACAAUUGUUUCUGUGCUUUGGGUUGGGUGGGAAAGUAUUGUGAAAACAAAACUUCAUUUUCAACUGCAAAAUUUAUGGGUAAUUCUUAUAUUAAAUACAUUGAUCCAGAUUACAGAAUGAGAAACCUUCAGUUCACUACUAUAUCCUUAAAUUUCAGUACUACUGAAACAGAAGGCUUAAUUGUAUGGAUAGGAAAAGCUCAAAAGGAAGAAAAUGAUUUUCUAGCAAUUGGUCUCCAUAAUCAGUCCUUGAAAAUAGCAGUUAACUUAGGAAAAAGCGUAUCUGUGCCUAUGAUCUAUAGCAAUGGCACAUUCUUUUGUAAUAAAUGGCACCAUGUAAGUGUAAUUCAAAAUCAGACUGUUAUUAAGGCCUACCUAGAUAACAACCUAAUUCUCUCAGAGGAUAUUGAUCCACACAAAAAAUUUGUUGAUUUAAACUAUGAUGGCAUUAGUUAUCUAGGGGGAUUUGAAUAUGGCCGAAAGGUAAAUACUGUUACUCAAGAGAUUUUUAAAAGAGAUUUUGUUGGCAAAAUUAAAGAUGUAUUUUUUCAGGACUCAAAAAAAAUUGAGUUAAUUAAAUCAGAAGGGUAUAAUGUUUUUAAUGGAGAUGAACAAAAUUAA